AUGGGAGCAAGGAAUCUGAGUUUGGAGCUGGAAAGAAUAAUGGCGGCUAUGGAGGGAAGUCUUCGAUUGGAAGAAGAAAGGUCCCAGGGUAGCGCCGACCAAACAGGAACGGAGGAGGAGUCGGUGGAAACAGGCCUAACCCUAGGGCCGACGAAACAAGUGGGAGGAGCAGGAGGAGCCCAAAGCUUGGCUAACCUAGGCCCAACAGAUUUGUAUCUGUACCAGCACCAACAAGAGGCUUUGGAAGAGGAUAUGGGCCGCGGUCAAAAGAAAAGAAAAGAAAAGGGACGGGCCUGA